AUGUCUACUGUUACUUCGCCUGUUGAGCCCUCGAGGCAGAGCACGCUUGCGAGCAACCUUAGUGACGAGGCUGUUCCUGAGCACGAUCCCAACACCACGGCCGGCCUCCUUGCGCAGAGGUUGCAGGCAUGGAAGCAUGCUGUCGGUUACCUCGAGGAGUACGUCGAGGCGGUCGAGAAGGUGCACAAAAACUCGUCCAAGGAGUAUGAGAGGGUUUUGAAGACCAUCUCCAAACCCCUCCGCGAAGGCGAGCACUUUGAUCAAUCCCUCGGCGGCGUCGCCGGCUUCUUUGAAAACAUGCGCGUCAACACCCAAGCCCUGAUCAACACCAACGCCGAGACGGAGAAAUCCAUCAAGGGCUCCGUCCUGCCCGUGCUCGAGCGCCUCCACAAGGAAAUCAAGCACAAGGCCAAGGAGCUCGCCCACGGCGCGGAAAAGGGCGCCAAGGAAGUCGAAAAGGCGCGCAACACGACCCAGAAGCACAUUGAGCUCCUGGGCCAGCACACGGCUGCUUUUGAGUCUAGCGGGGCCAAGCACCACCCUAACGACGACCCGUAUGUCAUCCAGCGGGGCGUGCUGCACAGGCUGAACAAGCAGGUCCAGGAGGAGAACAAUCAGCGUAACGAUCUGAUUGCUGUGCAGGCGAACUUUCAGGAGUUUGAGGCGCACGUCAUCGGGACGGUGCAGCAGGCCAUGGAGGCGUUUAACAGCUUUGUUGGGGGCCAGGCGCUGAAGGUGCAGGCGCUGUAUGCGGACAUGCUUGGUUCUGCGCAGAGGAUCCCGCCCGAUUUUGAGUGGAAGGGGUUUGUCAAGAGGUCGGGGGAUAAGCUGGUUGAUCCGGCGGAGGGGCCUAGGACAGUGGAGGCGAUUCAAUUCCCGAAUCAGAAUCAUGCUUCGACCAAGGCGCUGAUUGAGGGGAGCUUGGAGAGGAAGAGUAGGAAUAAGCUCAGCUGGGGGUAUUCCACGGGUUACUAUGUGGUUACCCCGGCCAAGUUCUUGCACGAGUUCAAGGAUGAUGAUAACUACAGGAAGGACCCGACGCCGGAGUUGAGUAUUUACUUGCCGGAUGCGAUUAUUGGUUUGCCGGCCGGGGAGAAGUUUAACGUCAAGGGGAAGGACAAGAGUGGUGGGUUGGGGGGCAAGUUGUCGGGGAGCAGCGAGUUGAGCUUCAAGGCGCACAGUCCGGCCGAGGCGAUGAAGUGGUUUGAGGUUAUCAAGAAGGUGGCGGGGGCUACGCCGGGGAGCCCGACGGUGCCGAGUCCGGCGGAAGAGGUGAAGGUCAAUCCGGUCGAGGCGGCGGCUGCGCCCGCGACGCAGGGGGUUACUGGUGCGGAGGAGAAGCCGAAACCGGUUGUGGCUGUUCCCGAGGCGAGCACCUCGGCGGCGGCGGAUGCUAAGGCUCAGGAGGCGGGGGUUGCGCCUGCUGCUGCUGCUCCUGCUGCUGCACCUGCGGCGGCGGAUGAGAAGGCUGCCGUGAAGGCUUAG